AUGUCUCUAAAUUCAAAUCAUUGUGAAAAAAAGUUAAGCGAACAAUUUUAUGUGAAACUAUUAAAACAAAAGCUCACCUUAACAAAUCGGAAAUCAGGAAAUCAAAUGACGUAUAAAAUGGGAAGAUUAUUUUCUCAAGGAUUUUGGAACGAGAUUCACAUUUCUAAUAGCAAUUUGGCUUGA